AUGUCAGAUUACAGGUAUUUUCAGAGUAAGGCAAUUCUUGCACCGACGCUUAAGAGUGUCGAGAAGGUAAACGAUUUCGUCUUGACAAUCUUCCCAGGGAUGGAAAAGGAAUAUCUAAGUUCUUACACAACAUGUCAAGCUAAUGAGAAUAAAGAUGUACAACAAGAGUGGUUCAUAUCAGAGUUCCAAAAUAAAAUCAAAAGUUUAGGACUGCCUAAUCACAAGUUGACUUUAAAACCAGGAGCCGCUAUAAUGCUACUACAAAACAUAGACCAGACUUCAGGUUUAUACAACGGGACAAGGUUAAUAGUUAACGAACUUGACAACAACGUAAUUGGAGUGACGAGUCAGGGUCAAUCAUUAUGCCAUGUAGGUUUUUGCUUGCCAAAAUCAGUGUUCACCCAUGGACAACUUUAUGUUGCUUUGUCGAGAGUUAAGAGUUGUAGUGGCUUCAAGGUUCUAAUUUUGGAUGAAGACAGCAAUCCAAAGUCAUCAACAACAAAUGUCAUAUACAACUAA